AUGUUGAGAUUACUUACAGUUCUCGCUGCAUCGACCCUCCUCCCGCUCGUCGCCUGUGGUCCCAAAGCCCGAGUGAUAAUGCUCAAGGAUGGCAAUUUCAAUUCGGGUUCGCCAGGUUGGCUCGAGUUCGAGGACAUAGGCAAUGGGGAGAUCCACCUUUAUGGCAAGAUCACUGGCCUAACAUCUGGAAAGCAUGGUAUCCACGUCCACGAGUUUGGUGACCUUACCAGCGGAUGCGCAUCGGUCGGAGCCCACUUUAACCCGGAAAAGAAAAACCAUGGAGGGCCCCAAGCAGCCGAGCGCCAUGUAGGCGAUCUGGGCAACAUUGAGGCGAACUCGAAUGGCGAAUCCAAAGUUGACAUUUACGACAAAGUAAUCUCCUUCGGUGGGACUAAUAGCAUAAUUGGGCGCGGUUUGGUGAUCCAUAAUGGGGAGGACGAUCUGGGCCUCGGGGGCUUCAAUGACUCACUCACUACUGGCCAUGCCGGAACUCGCUUCGCGUGUGGCACAAUUUCUAUUGCCAAUGCUACAAUCCCUUGA